GCAAGUGGGAAGAGCAACACAGAGGCUCGUGCUCUGCGCCUGGAAUCUCAUCUCUCCAGUCUGAGCGACCCCACGACGUCUCCUCUCGCUCCUUUCCCGGGGCUUUAAGCGUUUAUUACUGCCUUAUAACCACCCCCGGGGCUAGUGAGGGAAACCGUUUAAAAGUGUGACCCAGCAAAAAAGUCCCCUCCGUCCUGCUUAUGAUCCUCGAACGCUGUGAGCUAAUGCUGAGCGGAGUGACCAUCCAGAGCAGGAUGCAGUAGGCUGAACUCCGUCCCCUGAGAUGUUACUGAUCUAUGAGGAUGGGUCAGAGAAGGAAGCUACGCCGGUGAGGCAAACAAGCCGUCCACCACCCCUCAAAAGCUACCAUAGCUCCACCAACUGACACAGCCAUGCCCCGCCUGCCCUCCUGAUUUUCCUCCCCGUCAUCCGCAUCUUCCCUCGGUUGAAUCACAGACACAGCACCCCAUCCGACCCCCCAGUCAAGUCAGUAUGGCUACACCCUUCUUGUGGAAGCUGUCGUCCCAGAAGCUGGGCUUCUUCCUGGUCAGCUUUGGGUUCAUCUGGGGCAUGAUGCUGCUACAUUUCACCAUCCAGCAACGAGCCAGCCAUGAGAACAGUGCUGUGCUGCGGCAGCAGAUCCUGGACCUGAGCAAGCGCUACAUCAAAGCACUGGCUGAGGAGAACCAGAGCGUCAUGGAUGGGCCAUAUGUGGGAACCAUGACAGCUUAUGACUUGAAGAAGACGCUGGCAGUGCUGCUGGACAACAUCAUGCUGAGGCUGGGCAAGCUGGAGUCCAAGGUGGAGAACAUCUACAACGGCACAGGGGGCAACCUGACCAACGGCACCAGCACCGCCACACCCAGCGCUACGAACUCAGAAAAAGUCAACGUGGCAGACCUCCUAAAUGGAGCCCAGGAGAAGUGCGAGCUGCCGCCUUUGGAUGGUUUUCCUCACUGCGAGGACAAGCUCAAGUGGAUGAAGGAGAUGUGGCGCUCAGAUUCCUGCUAUUCUAACUAUGGGGUGGAUGGAUCCACCUGCUCCUUCUUCAUCUACCUCAGCGAGGUGGAGAACUGGUGUCCUCGUCUGCCCUGGAGGACAAAGAGCCUGAGUGACGAAACGGACCGGAGGGGGCAGGCGGAUAUCCGGACCAGUUUUGAGGAGCUUUACCGCAAGAUGUCACAACGGGAGGAGUUUCGCUGGAUGAUGCUGAGGAUCAAACGCAUGGCCGAGCCGUGGGUCAGCGCCAUCCGAUCGCUGGCUGCCAAGCAGAACCUGGCCAAGCGGCGGAGGAAGAAGAUCCUGGUCCACUUGGGUCUGCUGACCAAGGAGUCGGGCUUUAAGAUAGCAGAAAAUGCCUUCAGCGGUGGCCCAUUGGGCGAGUUGGUCCAGUGGAGUGAUCUGAUAACCACGUUGUACCUGCUGGGCCACGACGUUCGCAUUUCCGCCUCCUUGACUGAGCUCAAAGAGAUCAUGCGGAAGGUUAUGGGGAACAAAUCCAGCUGCCCCACUCAGGGCGACAAGGUGGUGGAGCUUAUUUACAUCGACAUCGUGGGUCUCACCCAGUUUAAAAAGACGCUGGGGCCUUCCUGGGUCCACUACCAGUGCAUGUUGAGGGUGCUGGAUUCGUUUGGAACGGAACCAGAGUUCAACCACGCCCACUACGCCCAGUCCAAGGGUCACAAGACGCCAUGGGGGAAGUGGAACCUCAACCCACAGCAGUUCAACACCAUGUUCCCUCACACCCCUGACAACAGUUUCUUGGGUUUUGUUGUGGAGCAGCACCUCAACGCCAGCGACAUCAAGCACAUCGACGACAUCAAAAGGCAGAACCAAUCGCUGGUGUAUGGAAAAGUCGACAACUUCUGGAAGGACAAGAAGAAAUACCUUGACAUCAUCCACAGCUACAUGGAGGUUCACGGCACCGUACACGGCACCAGCACCGUCCACCUCCCCAGCUACGUCAAGAACCACGGCAUCCUGAGCGGCCGAGACCUGCAGUUCCUUCUCCGAGAAACUAAGUUGUUUGUGGGUCUGUCCUUCCCCUACGAGGGUCCUGCCCCCCUGGAGGCCAUCGCCAAUGGUUGCGCCUUCCUCAAUCCCAAAUUCAAUCCUCCGAAGAGCAGCAAGAACACCGACUUCUUCAAGGGCAAACCCACUCUGAGAGAGCUGACCUCUCAACAUCCGUACGCUGAGGUGUACAUAGGUCAGCCCCACGUGUGGACGGUGGAUAUUGAAAACUCUGCAGAGGUGGAGAGGGCCAUCCACUCCAUCCUCAGCCAGAAGAUUGAGCCCUACCUGCCCUACGAGUUCACCUGUGAAGGGAUGCUGCAGAGAGUCAACGCCUUCAUCGAGAACCAGGACUUCUGUCACGGUCAGGUCAUGUGGCCUCCUCUCAGCGCCCUGCAGGUGAAACUGGCCGAACCCGGACGCUCCUGCAAGCAGGUGUGUCAGGAGGAGCAGCUCAUCUGUGAACCCUCCUUCUUCCAACACCUGAACAAGGACAAGGAUCUGGCCAGGUUUGGUGUGGACUGUCAGACGGUGGAGUCGAGCGCCGACACGUUGGUCCCGGCCUACAGCGACGCCCGCCACCACUGCAUCUUCCAGUCCGACCUGCUGCUGUUCAGCUGUGCCGGCGCCCACCAGUCGCUGCGACGCAUCUGCCCCUGCCGCGACUACAUGAAGGGCCAGGUGGCGCUGUGCAAAGACUGCCUAUAGCACCGACACCCCGGCUGAUGGAGGGCAGACGGCGGUGGUGGUGGUGUGUGCGCGAGUUUAGAGGUUACCGGAGCAGCUGUCAAUCAAACACACACACCGGACUCCUUUUGUGGGGGAAAAAAACUUCCAGACUGCAUUUGUUCUUCAUAUUUAUUGUUUUCCUCCAGAGCUGUGGGAGGAGAAACACUCCUGCAGCCAACCUGAGCAGAUUCAGUGUGAAAUUACUUGAAUCAACAAAAGGAGUGGAGUUUAAAAUCCCAGCAGAUGAGCUCUGGGUGCUGCUGCCCGGGUGGACUGAACAUAUCAGUGACUGCCUGCCUGCUUGUCUGCAGGUUUUCUGAGGGCAGCCAGGGACCAAGGAGACUCCCACCCCCCCCAGUACAGCCACCCUCCCCCCUCCAUCCAUCUCCCCUGCUCUAAUCUGAAACUGUUGUUCUUUAGGUAGGUUUGCACUGGACUGGCACGCCUGACACAAACACAACGACAUAUAAACACAUCUACACACACAAACACACACACAUGGAGGCGGCUGAAGAAGAACCCAGUUUUACACUGUAACCAACUCUCUUCUGGACAAAAGAGACGAGACGAGACGUGACGUAGAUAUCUAGAUUUUUAUUCCCCCCAGACUUACAACAAGUGUUCAGUCCUCCCUCAGUCGGUUUUCAGAACUUGAACACUAGUUUUCAGAUGACUUUUCACUUUUAAGACUGUGUCAAAAGGCCAGUAGAGAUAAAAGACGUCUCAUUUCGACUGUUUUGCGAAGGCGCUGAGAGAACGAGGCUCUUUCUCCGUGGCUACGUGUCGUUAGGAUAUUGUGUCGUAGCUCGUCGUCGGUAGCGACGCUAACACCUAGAAGCCUCAUUAACAACACCGAGACUCCACAGCCUGCAGAGAAACACCUUCGUCUAUUUAAAGAAAAAGCAAAUCAAAAAACCCCAGACACUCGUCUCUCAUCUGCCACACAGCAGCUGUAAAUCCUGUCCAGCGAAACUGUACGCAACAUGCCAACGAAGCACUCCGAAACGGCGCCAAAAAAACCUCGCAUCACCGCGUCUUCUUUGGAUAAUCGUUAGGAUCUUAAUUUGCCUGGAGAUUUGCUAAAAAAAAAAGCGUUAAAAACGACAAAAAAAGGUAAUAAAAUUUGUAGUUCUUGUGGUGAAUGAAAAAAAUGCACUAAGUUAAUCUAUUCAGAGGUUUAACAGGAUAUUAGUAACACUGUAUGUUGUUCAUAUGGGUUUUUCUUUUGUAUUUAUUUUGUAUACAGAUCUUUAUCGCUGUGUUUUUGCUGGAAAUCUUUGUUUUUUUAUUUAUAGGAGGGGUGUCUUCUUUUUUGUGUUUUUCUUUCUGUUUAGAGAUUUUUUAUUUAUGGAGGGUAAUUUAAGAAAAUAAAAUAUCUUCAAGUGUAUGAUUGAGACGAGGAGGUUUGUCUGCGAUUGUUCAGCUUUUAGCAGCGAUUUGAGAAAAAAAACCCAACAUAUUUAAACAUUCUUCUGAGUUUUAACAAUAAUUUUGUCUUAAUUUUGUACUUUUAUUGAACCGUUGUUGCACAAAAUAAGAUUUUUUAUUCAUAAAUAUUUUGUAUUUAGUCACAAAUUGGACUUCAUGCACAGAACUAGCAUUUUUAUAGUCAAUUAGUUGAAAGUUUUAGUCAUUUUUCUCUUCACUGACUCUUUAAGACAAACACUCGCAGACAAACAUGAAAAAAGGAGCUUCAUACACUUUUAUGUGCUUUGAUUUCCAAUCUCAGUUCUUCUGUUUGCACACGUGUACGUUCGUUACACUCUACUCCCUCACUGUGUCUGCUCAGACUGUUGUUUUCUUUAUUGUUGUUGUUGCACAGGUCAGUGAUCUGACGCCAACUUUAGCGUUUCAAAGAACAUGACGUGCCUUUUCGUGGUUUUAAGUUUGCUUCCGUUUGACUGUCGGCGACCGUCUGAAUCAUUUUCACACCGCGAUUCUUUUUUUUUACAUUCUACAGGAUCAUCUUUUCAUCAGAAUUCAAAUCAUUUAUUGUUUUCUUACUUCAAUCAGAUCUAACUAAAUCAAACCUUCUAAAUUUCCCCUGAUUGGGUGUUCUUUAGUGUUCAGCUUUGAGGAUAACGGCAGUGUUGCUUUUGCCAAUACAUUUCUAAAAAACACCAGAAGCCUCGCCAAGGGAUGUUUAACAGUAGUUAGAUUACCCCAAACGAGUAAUGAGAUUAUGAUUUUUAUUGCCUUAAAGUGAUCAGCCACCACAAACAAUCUGCUCUUGACCUCCUGUAGAUGUAACUGAGACACGAGUGGGUUCAGAUUCUACGUCAGUGCGACUCUUUCAUGGAGAAGCAUGAAGCUGGUGUCACUUUUGGUUUGCCAAGGUCCAAACAGAUCCCACAAGAAGCAAAUACAGCUGCACGAUAUGUUAUUUAUUAUACAUAGGGUCAGAUUUGGUUGCAAAAAUGAAACUGAACAUCAGUAAUACGGCGACACAAUUAAUGGAUUAUUAGUCAUGAAGCAAAUGUUUAACAAGCAGCCGCUUUUGUGUCAAAAUUCAGUGCUUAAUUGGAAUAAAGAGCCUUUAAUUGUGCACUCCCGCGACCCCAGUGAGGAUAAAGCUGUGUAUAGAGGAUGGAUGGAUGGAUAAUUGUGCACUUCCAGUCACUUGUAUGGGGAUAUUUCAGCUACAGAAAGGUUGAUGGGACCAGAAAUGCUAUUUCGCUUCAGAUAAUUAAUGCAAAGAAAGACUUCUGUAGAGGAAAUGUUCCAAAAUAUUUGCACUUAAGAAUGCCUUGUUUUAUAUUUUCUGUCCAACAAAAUCACCACAAUCACUUCAGAAUGUUUAAUUCAGACAAACUAAGCAUCAGAAUGCAGUCCUGAUGCGUCCAAAUAAGCUGGUUUUGGUCUUUUUAUGGGAUUUAUUCACAAAAACAGAGCGUCACCAGCAUUAUCCUUCAAAGUCUGCACAUGUCAGAGCUCCUUCUAUAAAUCUGAGCCCACGCUGAUGUCGGUUCCAUCUCAGUAAAAGUAUAAAGAGACGUUUUGAAGCCUUCACCGAACCCGUUUCCGCCAAAACCGUGUUCCGUUGCAGCUAAAAGCCUUAUUUACUUUGUGUUCGUCGAAGCGUCCGUGAAAGAAAUCCGCUCCGAUCACUGAGCCGACAGCUUGUACAGAACAAAUCACCAUAUCUUGUCUUUGUUGACCUCAGCAUUGAAUGUCUCGAUCAUAAAAGAAGUCACAAACAUGUAUCAUGUGUGUUUGUUUGUCAAACUUGUUUGAAGCUCUCAGUUUGCAUCCAGAGUGUGAAACAGCAGAGCGGUGGUGACAGGCGAGUAACGCAGUGACUACUUUGGUUUUGUCUUUUGUUUGUUUGGUUCCACAGUCCUUGAUCAGUAAGAGGGAUACAACUUUAUUUUUAAAUAAACCUUUUUUCUGUGACAAA